GGCCGGCGGCGGCGGCGGCAGCAGCAUCAAAGAGCCCCGAUUCUUGCCGCCCUGGGAGCCAUGCGCUGCUGUCUGUAAUGUCAGCGGAACAGGAGAAGGACCCCAUCGCGCUGAAGAGAUCCCGAGGUGGUGACAGUGGAUUGGAUGGGUUAGGAGGACCAGGAGUUCAGCUUGGAAGCCCUGAUAAGAAAAAGCGCAAAGCAAAUACACAGGGGUCGUCAUUUCCUCCUCCAUCUGAAUAUGCUCCACCACCGAACCCAAGCUCUGACCAUCUUGUAGCUGCAAAUCCAUUUGAUGACAACUAUAAUACUGUGUCUUAUAAACCACUUCCUUCAGGAAAUCCAUAUUUCAGUAAUCCUGGUUAUCCUGGCUUUGGAGGCUAUAACACUUUCAGAAUGCCACCUCACAUGAUGCCCAGAGUAUCUUCACCAUAUGGUGGUUCUUACUCCCUCAGAAACCAACCACAUCCUCUUCCUCAAAACCCUGUUGGCAUGGGUUUUAGUCGACCCCACUCUUUCAGCUUUGGUCCUCAUGAUAAUCCAGGUUUUGGGAAUCAACCACCUUAUGGCAGUGGUCAGAUAAAUCAAAAUGUCAAUAUGUCUGCUCAGCAUUUCAGACCAAAUCCUGGGGAGAACUUUGGCCAUUCUGGUCAGAUACCUCACCCUGAUGUGCCAGCUAACUUUGGUCCUGGAAACAAUCCAAAUUUUCCAAAUUCUCAGCUAGAGUCAAACCAUUCUUUUGUUCCUCCACCAAACACGUACAACCAGACAAAAUCAUCUGCACAAAAGCAAGACUUUAGUCAAGGUGCAAGCAAAGCAUCCAGCCAGAACACUGCUGCUCAUCAGCAUCAUCACAGGACAGAGGACGUUGUGAAUCAAGGUAACAGUGACCUGAAAAAUGUUACUCGAAAUAAUGUGGUAAAUCAGGAUAACAGCCAUUCUAACAGUGCUGAGAACACCAAUGCUGGCCACUCAAAUGGGACUCAGAGCAAGUCCCGCCAGCCUCGAGGUACUGCUGAAGGAUGCAACUCUGAAAAGAGCAGCAAAACACCCCUCCAUCCCAGUCGUCAUGGACACUCAUCCUCUGAACCCGUCUACCCGUGUGGAAUUUGUACACAUGAAGUCAACGAUGACCAGGAUGCCAUCCUGUGUGAAGCCUCUUGUCAGAAAUGGUUCCACCGGAUCUGUACGGGCAUGACAGAGUCAGCCUAUGGCCUCCUCACGGCAGAGGCAUCGGCAGUGUGGGGCUGUGACACUUGCAUGGCCGACAAGGAUGUGCAGUUAAUGCGCACGAGAGAGACUGCAGGACCGCCUGCACUGAACACAGAGGGCUGACAGCCUGAAUGGGUGCUAGUGGAGCAAAUACUUGCUAUGAAAAUUUGGUUGCAAAUUGGGUACUUCACUUUCUGCAGACAAUCAGUUGUGUUUGAUUGCUGUCAUCUUUUUUCCCCUAAUCUGUAUUCAUUCAAAAACUUCCAUCUCAGCUUUUGUACUCUUAGUUUUAUGUGUGCAAAUGUUUGACAGGAUGGAAUAUUUUUUGUUUCUGAUUAAACUGUAACUGAUAAUUGAUCGGAAGUAGGAUGAGCAUUGACAAUAUUAUUGAAGGAAAAAAUGUGCCUGUAUGAAUAGCCCUAAUUUGCUAGUGUAUAUAAAUGUGUUAACUAACACUAGCAUUUAGUGCUUGGUUUUAAUAGUACUAUAUUUGCAAUUACUCAUUACUUGGUUUUUUUCUUUUGGCGUGAAUGUCUGUUAUUGAUGUUCUUGCUAGCCUUUCUUUGAAUAUAGUAGAGAUGACAUGGAGGAAUGUGCAGUACUAAUAGUUGUUAUUUUAGGGUAAAUACAGAGAAUUUUGUAUGUGCUUUUUCCUAUUUUUGAAGUAAAGCAUUAAUGUGCUAUUCAAAAAUCAUGAAUUCAUGCUUAGUAACACAAUGAAACCCGCUAACCGUUACACAUUUGUUUCCUCGAAAAGGCAAUAAUCUCUUGACUUCUCAGCAUUACAUGCUGAAGGCUCUUGCUAGGCCUUGCAUUAUUUGGAAAUUGUUGUGAAAUAAGAUUAAAUUGGAAAAAGAACACAUCGAGUUUAUGAAGUGCCCUGCUUUAAAUCUAGAGAAUGCCAGAAGUAGGGUUGCACAUGUACCCUUAAUUCAUUUAUCUUGAGGACGUACCUUGGGAUACAGUCUUUGGUCUGUCACGGUUGUGCAGUCAUGCACCUCUCUCUCAUUCUUUCUCACUGAUGGUUCCAGUCUCCUGCCUCAGUGCUGCCUGAGAAUUGGAGAUGAAGUAGUACACGGAAAAUCCUGCCCAGCUUCUAGGGCUGUCAGCUCCAGCCUGCUCAGUCACCCUGAGCUUACACAGUCCACUUGGCAUGAAGGAGGGGGCAAGGCAAUGGAGUGUGCUCUCUGAAUUGCUUGAUAAUUUGGCAGCAAAGUCUUAAAACUAUAUUCCCACCACUGCCUCAGCCAGUCUUGCAGUGAGGGGGUAGGAAAUCUAAAGUGAAGAAUGAAAAUACAGCUGUCAUAUCAGGUGAGUUCAGCUCAUAUCAGAACUAAGUAAUCUGAAGUUUAGCUCCUUUGCUAAACCUGAUAUCCUACUGACAAGUAUGAAUGGCACUAGAGCUUCAUGUAUAUGCUAAGAAAUUCUAUUUUAAUAAGGGUAAUUUGAUCUUAUUCUUGAUCUCAAAAAUAACUCCCCUUCUUUUUGGAAUGUUGGGAAGCAUCUAGCCUUGAUCAGUUCAGCCUUAGCAGUGUGAUGAAGUUGCACAUGCAACUGAAAAAGUUUCUUUUGAGAGAAAUAUUGUUUUGAAUUAAUAAAAGGAGGCACUAUGAUAACAGAUUCUGCUUGGAAUGUGUACCACUGCUGGAAACAGUCUUUAAGCAGCAAUUAAAUCAUAUGUCAAGCUUACAGGUACUAGUCAUGUUCCUUAAUGCGAGAAAUUUUUCAGGUCUGUGGUGAUGAGUGAUAAAGGAGUUUAGAGAGAAUUCAGUCAUCUAAUAAAGAGGUAGUUUUCAUGGUAAGCCAUGCUAAUGAGUGAAAGUAAGGCCUGUUUGAUAGUUCACCAUUGUGUUUGAUUUUUGGGCUCUACUGUGUACAUUCCUGGAAGAUCCUGUGCAGAUCUACACAACCUGUUUUAUUUUAAAAGUGAAAAGUUUUGCUGUAUAAGUGCAGUAUUACCCCACCGGGUUUUUUUGUUGGUUUUUUUUUUGUUUGUUUGUUUGGUUGUUUUGGGGGUUUUGUUUGUUUGUUUGGUUGGGGGGUUGUUUUGUUUGUUGGUUUGGUUUUUGGGGGUUUUUUUUGUUCCUCUCAUUAGGAAAAAUAAAAUAAUAUCUAGAGUGUAAGUGACAUAUUUCAUAUCUUGAGAAUUUUCCUGUAUGGAGACGUAAAGUGUAAAAUAGAUCCAGAGCUGCUGUUUUCAGUAGUUGCUUUAAUUUAGCAUAUUAACUAGACUUAAUCUUGUUUUGUUAGAGGUGUGAUUUUAAAACCACCAAGAAAAAACCAAACAAGCAACAACCUCUGUUAAAGAGAUUUAUCUUCAGUAGUUCUCCUAAUGACUGACAGACUGUUUGAAUUUGCUUUUGCUACCUGAAGUAGCAAUUAAACCAAACCUUGUUUAGAUAGAUUUGUUCCUCUAGGAAUCAGUUUAAUCUCUGCGACAAUUAGCACUGUGAACAUAAUGGAGCUGGUUCACACCUCCAGUAAUGUAAGUGAAAUCAGUUUUGCUCAGUGAAAAUGCAACCAAAGCUUCAGUGAUUAUAUUGUUAACUUUCCCACUCCCACACCCCAUGCCUCUUGUGAGAAGAUUUUGGGGCAUUUGUUCUCAGAAGUCUAAUUCACAUUUUAAUAUUUGGAGCAGACAUUGUAUUUAAGUAGCCAUGUAUUUCUUAAUCUUUUCCUCAACCCAACAUGAAGUUAGGCAACUGUUUUCUAGAUUAGCUGUCAGGACAUUAGUAUUUAAACAUAGUGUUCUUAAAUACUUAAAAUCAUCUGGAAUAUCAUUUUAUAAGGCCUUAAAUUCUGUAUUUAUGAAACUUAUUCUAACAAUUUAUUUCAGAUUUUUUUCUAAACUGGUAUUAUAUGGGUUUGCAACCCAGUAAAUCUUCCUCAUUUAUUAACUUGUAAGUUCAAGGCAUUAGCAAAUGUCAAUGAUAUGAAAUAAAAACAAAUGAACAACCAACUCCACACUUGAUAGCACACUGAUCUUUGAGAAAGGUCUGACAAGGAUCUCCAGAAGUCAUCCAGCCAAUAUGCUUGCCCUACUGAUAUGCUCUUGGCAUACUUGAACUCUUUAUCUAGAGAGCAGUUAUAUUUUGGUUUUCUCUGCAUGCGUUGACUGAGUAGUAGUUCAAGUAUGCACAGGAGAAACAGCAAUCAUGUUUAAUUAGUGAGGUACUAGGAAAAUGUCAGCUGAUUAGCAUUAGAAGUUAGUUCUAGAAUGAUAGGUGGGAGGGAGGGGGGGAGGGUUGGCUAGAAUAGGUGAGGUUUUUUGUAAUACAUGAAACAAUUUGUAUUGGACUCUCAUGUGCUUCUUUCAUUACUGGUGAUUUAGAUUGUACUGGUGCUGCACACCAAAAAUAUUGCAAAGAUUUUGUAAAUCUUGCAAACCUUAACAUUUUUGUGGGAAAUGCCUGUGUCCUUUUGCAUGGUUUCUGGUCAUGAUCAGAAAUGCAGCCUUAUAUUGCUCCCAAAUUUUUUUCCCCCUCAGGCUGAAAUAGACAGGUAUAAAUUGGAUUGUGCUGUCCUUAAUACUUUUUUGCUAGUGACCAAUUUUAAAUGAGAAAACAUGUAAGUGACAGUGCUGGAUACAGACUAGAGGGCAGGUAGCAAAAAUCCUGUUUCUUCCUGUUUUACUCAUUCCUUCUACAACUUGAAACUAGCAGGUCUGUGCUUGUCUCUUCUGAAAGAAGAUGGGACUGAUGCUUACUUCCAAAGGUUGUUUAGAGGCCUAGUUUUUACUGAGAUCUUCAGAUGAAAGAAGCUAGAGAAAAGUGAUGAAGUUUGCUCUACUUAAAAGAAAACUAUAAUUUUGGGGGCUGCUCAAAGAAGAUUAUACUUUGUGACCUCUGAAGUUUUUAAUCUAAGAACCAAUUUUGUAAUCACAUUUUUCAGGCUUAAUUUCAAGCAUGUGACAAUUAAUGAAGUCAGUGAAACUGCAUGCACACAGUCAAGAAUGUUUUAGAGUGUGUGCAGUUUGGGGCCUGUGAUAUUCGCAAGUGAAAUGCUUAUAUGGUUUGAGAUUUUUACAAAAUCAGUGGUGUUAAAAUGUAGCACCUUUUUAACAUUUGUCUUUAUUCCAACUUAAUACAGUAACACAUCUGCAUUAAAUAUAUCCCUCUCAUUUUAUAAAUAAACAUUGCCUGUCAGUAAAAGUAUUGGUGUAACAUUUUUUAAAAAAGGAAGUCAUGCUUCUUAUCAUGUUGUAUGUGACUUAAAUGACUGUUUCAUAUUAAAACUAAUCUUUCCUUAUGUACUGCUUAAAUAUACCUGUUUUGGGAUAUCAGUUCAGUACUUUUUAUACAAUCUUGAAUGUGUUCCACAUUGGUGACAUGUAUUUUUGCAACAACUUUUUUGUUUUGAUUUUAAAUUAGAGCAUGUCUGAUGUAAUACAUGCAUUAGUGCUGUGGUGUGUGACAAAGUUAAUGUAUGUAAUUCAAAUUGGAAAAGUUUCCAGACUUUGUCCAACAUUAGCCCUGUGGCCAGGGAUUAAAUUACUAUGUAAUACAAAUUAUUUCAUACCAUGAUGUGUUUUAAGCUACUCUAUGAAGUAUGUGAAACAUUAUUGUUUAUGGAUUGGUAGCUGGUGAGGUAUCUUGCAUAGAAUAAGGUAUGAUAGAUGGUAGCACUUCAUAAUUAAAACUGAGUACCCUUCAGAACACACAGCACUGAUAUGCAUUUUCAUCUUGUUGCCAUUACUUAAUAUAAAUUUCUUAAUAUUAUCCACUGAUAAAUGGGUGAACAUUUGGUAAUCAGCUCUUGUGUGUGAAAAUUCUAUUCUACACUCUUUACUUGUUUCACAAAACAUAUAAUUUUUUUGUUUGUUUAGAAGGCAUAUAAUUUUUUUGUCUAUUGGAUGUGAUUAGAUAUACGCAGGAGGAUGUAGAACUGGAUGUAUUUUAAAGUUAUUCUGCAGUUGCUAAGUUUUGGCAGAAGCUUUCUAUAUUAGAAUAGACUCUUCCCUAAAAUUGGAAACUAAGUGUACUUAGCAGAACUCUUUAAGGCAAUAUAACAAUCCUACACUACAUCUUGAGUUAUGCACAUUCACUUCUUUAUGUGGAAGUGAUAACUUCUGCUUUAUCUAGAAGAAAAGAAAGGUCCCUUUAGUGCCCUAGUGCUGUGUGUCAUCAGUUCUGGGGUAAUUAGUUCUGAGUGGUGUUCAGGCCCUCAGAGGUGCUGCCUCUAGCAUAAAGUUUUCAGUGUCACCCUUUGUCUCCUGGUUUAGAAAUGGCUUAUCCCAGCACCAUGGGGAAUAACUAUUUCUGCAUUGUUUACCAUACAUAAUUUUCCUUUUCAUGUUCAGAGAAACUGUUUCAAAAUAAUUUUUGUAUCCAACCCCACCUUUUUCCUUGGAGAUUUGUGCACUGUAUUUCAGGAAUUGCUGUACUGGAGACAUUUUGGGAUUGGAGUUAUGAGAGUUGUCUGUUCCUAGACACUCAUCUUUUCCUCUACAGAAUGGUCUAAAUCUGAGCUUCCUUAUAACUUAAGGAGGGCAAGCUCUUAAUAUAUUAUUUUUCCUUUUUGUUUUUCUUUCUUGAUAGUUUUUUUAUUUUCUGAAAUGUGAAAUAAUACAAAGUUGUUAGGGAUUUUUAUUCAAAACUUGGUCUUUCCUCCAAGCUUGUGUUUGUGGCCUUUAGAGCAGGCAUUGUGGACUUUAGGGCCUUCUGACUUGGAAUUUUUUGUCCUCCUUCUCCUUUUAGAGUUAAAAGCGAGUAGAAAAAGGCAAGUUACCAAUCUACUGCCAUCCAAGCAAUGCAAAAUAUAAGCUGAUUAAGAUUGUUGACAUUUAAAUUUUUUUUUUGUUAAUAAUGAUGUGAUAUUUUUACCUUUUAGAAGAACAAAUAUCAGAAUCUGAUUCAAGUGUUCUUGGAAAAUGUAUAUGGUAGGCUUUGUCCAGCACUGUAUGUAACUUUGUUGCUUUCUGUUGUCUAGUUUCAAUUUCUUUUAAAAUAAAGAUAAUUUUUGUGGGGAA